CGGAGUUGAAAGACGUGUAUUUAACGUGCCCUCGCAUUUACGUGUCUGCUGUGCGACUUUGUAGAGUGUUUUGAUUUUGACAGGUGUGAACAGGGUUAUGCGUUACAGGUUCGUCUAGAAAGUAGACAUGGCAGCAAUUGUUCCAUUAAAUGCCAACGCUGCGUCGUCAACGGUUGCAGACGUAACAUUUGAAGAGGAAAACGACAUUCAUCAAGCCAAUGCGGAGUGUGAAGACUUUAUGUUUGUGGAAGCGACUCAUCCCGACAAAGUCCUGCAGGGCCUAAAUGGCAUCCGUCUUAAUAACGCCUUCUGUGAUGUCACGCUGUGUUGUGGUGGACAGGAGUUCCCAUGCCAUCGCAUUGUAUUGGCGGCAAUAAGCACCUACUUUCAGGCAAUGUUCUCUGUCGAUUUGAUAGAGUCCCGACAGGAAAGGGUAGCCCUCAAUGGGUUGGAGCCACAGAUGAUUGGCAUGUUGGUGAGCUACGCCUACACAUCAAAGGUCUUCAUCUCCAAAGCAAACGUUCAGGGACUGCUAGCAGCCGCCAACUUGCUAGACAUCAUGCCUGUCCGGGAGGCGUGCUGUCGUUUCAUGGAGCGCCAGAUGGAUGAGACCAACUGUGUGGGCAUCCACUGUUUUGCUGAGGCCCACUCCUGUAAAACGCUGGAGAAACGCAGCAUGGAAUACAUCUUGGCAAACUUCAAAACUGUCUACCAGCAGGAAGAGUUCCUGUCUCUAUGUCUGGACAAAUUGACGCAGAUCAUAGCCAGCGAUCAGCUCAACGUUCCUCAAGAGGAGAUGGUGUUUGAGGCGGCCAUGUUGUGGCUCAACAAAUGUAGCAGCCGUAAGCCGAGCUUUGAUAAGGUGCUGGAGCACAUCCGCCUUCCCCUCAUCAGUCCCUACUACCUGCACGACGUCAUUGAGUCCCUGGACGUGGUGAGGGAGGACCAGGGCUGCCAGAGGCUCAUCUCUGAGGCCAAGGACUACCUGCUGCUCCAGGACCGCCGCGGGGAGCUGCAGUGCCCGCGCACCCGGCCCCGCAGCUCCACAGGGAUGGUGGAGGUGAUCAUAACGGUGGGUGGGGAGGACGACAAGGUGGUGCUGCGCAGCGUGGAGACCUACGAUCCCAAGUUGAACCAGUGGAAGAACCUGGCCCUCCUGCCGUUCGCCAUCAGCAAGCACGGCCUCGUCGUGUCGGGCUCCAUCAUGUACCUUGCGGGCGGCGAGUUCCCUGAUGGCUCAGCCAGCCGCGAGAUGUGGCGCUACGACUCUUGCUUCGACUCGUGGCUGGAGAUGGCGCACAUGAAUGUAGCUCGCUCUGAACUAGGCCUGGUGAUGCUUGACGGCUUCUUGUUUGCGAUGGGCGGCUGGGAGGGGCGUUCGCGUCUGGACUCGAUGGAGUGUUACAACCCCCACAACAACACCUGGCAGUUCAUGCAGUCUGUGAAGUUGGCAGUCACAAGUCCUGCCGUGGCCACGCUGGAUGGCUUUCUUUAUGUCACUGGUGGUGCUGUUCUGGAAGAUGGUGACGGAACAGACCUGACCCAGGUGUACAACCCCAAAACGGCUAUGUGGACAGAGGUGGCGCCCAUGCAGAUCGCCCGCUCCGGUUCGGCUGCAUGUACUCUGAACGGAAAGAUCUACGUCAUAGGCGGCUGGCACGCGUCUACAGAAAACACGGACAAGGUGGAGUGCUACAACCCCGAGACCAACAAGUGGACCAAGUGCGCCCCCAUGAAGGAGCGCCGCUACCGGCCCGGCGUUGCCGUGGUGGAGGCCCACAUCUACGUGUUGGGAGGAGAGGAGGGCUGGGACAGGUAUCACGACACCAUAGAGCGGUACUGCUCCAAGACUGACACGUGGGAGAUAGUGGGCGAGAUGCCGUCCAGCCGCAGCUGGCUCAGCUGCGUCACCCUGCCACUGCGGAGGGACUUGCAAAGCGAAGACUCCAUGGAACUGACCGAUACAUAACGGUUCUCAGCUGAGGAAGAGGAGGGGGACGAAGAGGAGAUACACUUCAAAGCUGUCAUUUUAGGGAUGAGAGCUAUGCUUCAUGCGUCUGUUGGACGUGUGACGUAGGCGUGCAGUGCUGCCAGAAACCUAACCGUGGGACACUGAAGAUAAGCUUAUAGGAAUUGGUGGGCCACGUGCUGCGUGUAUCUAGGUAUUUUCCUUUAUUUUUGUUAUAGAUUUUUUUUUUUGCUCUUUCAGUAGCAAAAGAAGAACCUGGACUCCCGUUCGACAACAGACAGCACUCGCCACAUGAAACCAUGGUUACCGUUGUGAAAGGACACGCCAAAACGAGUGUGGGUGAUCAGCUAUUGUCUGUGCAAAGUGAACAAGGUCUGAAUGUCGUAUUACGCAUGUUUAUGCACCUUUUUAGAUCUGACUUUCAGCCAACACAGUGUAUAUUUGUAUCCAACUUGAAGAUCUAAAUGUUUAUUUUUGUGGUGUUUAGCCAAGUUUGAAGUAUUUGCUAUAGCAGAAGUUGCUCUAUGGGCCAAAUUAGAGAAAUGUGAGUUCAUAUUUUUGAGGAUUGCUUGACUGAAAAAAGGAAAACAUUUGUAUGUUCAGAAUGUUACGUGUCAUGUUUUUUAAUGUAUUGGGAUUUAUGUAAUUUUAAUAAAGAUGUUUAAUGCAUUAAAA